GUCGACGAGCCCUCACGGCCACGGACGGAGAGUUCAAAUGUGGUGACGAUCGACCGCCACAGCAGUAUCGAACUGGACUCGAGCGCGAUCGUAUCGUUUUUUGGCGCGUUGUUUUACAUAUAGUGUAUGGUGCGAUUCGUCGUUGCACGUGUUACGACGACGACUGUUUUUUACAUCCAUCAACAUCAACAAAGUAAUGCGAGAAGAAGGCUAUUCAAUUUAGUGAAUGUAUCCUCUUUCGGUGAUCCAUGGAUGCUUUGUGAGGAAAUAAUUAGGAUUACACUGCUGAUCGGAAGCAAAUUUGGCGAAGAACACCAGAAAGCACUGUGAAGUGAGCGGAGUGAACGAAUUGCUGAAAACCGCAUCAGAAACCGCACCACAAAACAGUGGUGCAACAUUGUGAUAACGAAGAAGAGAAGCUAAUGUGCAAUCCAUUCAACAACGAAAGAACAAGUGCCACCAGUCAGCCAGCUAGUUGCCUAUAGUGAGUGAGUACUUUCAGUUUCUAAUCGCACUGAAAAGAAUUCCCAUCAUCGAGCGAACGUGGAACUACUGACCACACUAGUCUAUACGGUGCGAGCUUGUGUAACUCCGUCUAGUUCGUCUAACGUCUAGCUACCUCACCUUCACCAGCUACGAACCAAAAUUGCGCCAAUUUGAGCACUGCAUAACAACAAUGAGUUACCUCUGUGGACAAGACUGCUAGUAAAGGGUCAAGUGAACAAAAUUGGGGCCUUUCUGAAAAAUUAAAACACAGAUUGACCAUUCGACAAAACAAAAAAUGACCGUUAAGCAUCCCGCAGCCACCGGCGGCGGCAACAGUGGACCCCCGUCCAUCCGGCCACCGUCGCAUUUCUCCAGCCAGCGAAACUCGAUGAUGUCGUCAACGGCGUCGUUGGAAGCCGAGAGCGAGAGCAAACGACGCUCGAUCGUGAUUCUCUCGCUGCUCGCGGCCUGUGCAUUUCUCUUUGUGCUGUGCCUCUGCCUGCUGAGUGCGCUGGUACUGGUCGGCAAAAGCCUGUCGGAACAGUCGACGCCGCCAUUAUUCUCGUCGUAUCUCACGGCGAUGACCAGCAGUCAAACGUCAUCUUUGUCACCGAGUGGUGGUCACAAACAAGGCAAGAGCAUCGAUCAUUUUAAUCGUCCAAAUCUCUUCGGCCCCGAUAAGGGAACAUUCGAUAGAGCAGAGGAAGACGAAGACGGCCCGGACAGUACCGACGCCAGUAGCAACAAAUCAGCCAUAUCCCUACCGAACUCAGUAUACUCCGGAAAGCCGGGUGGAAUGAAUGUGCUGAAGAUGGGUUCGAAAGUGCUCGAAAAGUUGAGUUUCCGGUUGCCGCGGCACAUCAAGCCGCGUCACUACGACCUGCAGAUGUUCCCGGACUUGGAGCAGCAAACGUUCUCCGGGCAGGUCGGAAUCGAUAUCACCAUUAGUGAACCGACUGAUUACAUUGUGCUGCAUAGCAAGCAACUCGCAAUCACCGAGACACUGGUGAAACGGAAGCAUCCCGACAGGAGUGAGGAGUCGGUGAAAGUGAAGCAGGCGUACGAGUUCGAGCCCCAUCAGUACUGGGUGAUCGAAACGGAGGGCAUCGGGUCGGGCGAGUACCGGUUGAGCAUGAAUUUCAGUGGCAGUCUGGCGAAUCGGAUCGUUGGAUUCUACAGCAGCUCGUACAAGGACAAAGGCAGCAAUUCGACCAGAAAAAUCGCCACGUCCAAGUUCGAGCCGACCUUCGCACGUCAGGCCUUCCCAUGUUUCGACGAACCGCACCUCAAGGCAACCUACGCCAUCCAGGUGGUCCACCCUAGCACCAACAACUACCACGCUCUGUCCAACAUGGAUGCCAACCAAACUCUGACCAACACGCCUUCCACCGGUCUCAGCACCACCGUGUUCAACCCGAGUGUGCCGAUGAGCACCUACCUGGUGGUAUUUAUCGUGAGCGAUUUCGAGUAUGACUCCGUCCGGAUUACACCGUCGUUGGGAGAGAGAUUCGAACUUCGGGUCUACACCACGCCAUUCCAGAUCCACAAUGCCCGGUUCGCGCGUGAUACGGCCGAAAAGGUCAUCAACCACUACAUCGAUUACUUCAACAUCGAGUAUCCGCUGCCGAAGCUGGACAUGGCGGCCAUUCCGGACUUCGUUUCGGGGGCCAUGGAAACCUGGGGCUUGGUGACGUACCGGGAGACCAGCAUUCUGUACAACGAAGAAACCAGUUCGACGGCAAACAAACAGCGAGUGGCGGAGGUCAUCGCCCACGAGCUGGCGCACAUGUGGUUCGGCAAUCUGGUGACCAUGAAGUGGUGGAACGAACUGUGGCUGAACGAAGGCUUCGCCAGCUACAUCGAGUACAAGGGAGUGGACCAUGCCUAUCCGGAUUGGGGCAUCAUGGAGCAGUUUGCGUUGGAUAAUCUGCAUGGAGUGCUGACCCUGGACGCUACGCUCGGUUCGCACCCGAUCGUUGUCAAGGUGGAAAGCCCGAACCAGAUUACGGAGAUCUUCGAUACGAUCACCUACUCCAAGGGUGCCUCCGUUAUUCGCAUGUUGGAGGACUUCGUAAGCGAACCGAUAUUCAAGCAAGGUGUGACUAAAUACCUGGAGAGGCUUCGGUACGGAAACGGCGAGUCCAAGGACCUUAUGGACGAGCUGGAUAAGUUGUUUAACGAUCCAUCGGAACCGGACCUUACGGUUACGGCAGUUAUGGACACCUUUACGAAGCAGAAAGGUUUUCCAGUCAUAACGGUGACACGGUCCGGUACUCAAUUCCGGUUGAGGCAGUCGCGAUUCUUGGCUGAUCCGAAUGCGACCGAAACGGAGGAUUCUGAGUUUGGCUACAAAUGGUAUGUCCCGCUGACCUACACUACUUCCGGAAACCCUACCGAAGUCAAGCGCACUUGGAUGCUUUGGGCCGAUGACCAAAUCAGCAUCGAUGUCCCCAGCGGUUCCGGCAGUUGGAUCAAGUUUAACCACAACCAGGUCGGAUACUAUCGCGUCAACUAUCCGGAUGAUGUGUGGAAACAGUUCGGGGAUCUUCUUUCGGCCGAUAUCAAUACGUUGAGUAUUGGCGAUCGGACCGGACUGCUGAACGAUGCCUACGCUCUGGCUGACGCUUCGCACCUGAGCUACGAUCUGGCCCUGGAACUUACCCGCUUCUUGGGGCAGGAAACGGAAUACGUGCCCUGGGCAACGGUAUCCAGCAAAAUGAAGACGAUUCGCAAUCUGAUCUAUGAUUAUCCUUCCUACGAUGAUAUCAAUCUCUAUGUUCGUCAACUUAUCCAGCGAGCUUACGACUCUGUUGGAUGGACUGUAGUAGGAGAGGAUCACAUGAAGAACCGCCUCCGUACGACCGUCCUGGACUUGGCGUGCUCUUUCGGGCACGAGGAUUGCCUCCUGAAGGCGUACGAAAUGUUCCGUGGCUGGUUGGACAGCGAUGUGGCCGUUCAUCCGGAUCUGCGUACCGUCGUGUACUACUACGGCUUGCAGCGAUCGGCUAACUACAGCGACUGGGAGCUGGUCAAGGAACGCUUCCGGACGGAAAACGACGCCAACGAAAAGGCCAAGCUGAUGAGUGCGCUGGCUGGCUAUCCGGAUGCGAAGGUUCUGCGUCGCCUGCUGGAUGACGCUUGGGAUCCGCAGUUGGUGCGCGAACAGGAUCAUCUGACGUGCAUUCAGAACGUGGCCGCCAACAAGCACGGCGAACAGGUUGCGUGGGAUCACGUGCGACAGAACUGGGAUCGAUUGGUCGAUCGGUACUCUCUGGGAGAGCGAAACCUGGGCCGGAUGAUCCCCUCCAUCACUGGGCGCUUCUCGACACCGGUCAGGUUGAUGGAACUGGAGGACUUCUUCCGCAGAAACCCGGACGCGGGCGCCGGGGCUGCCGCCAGAGUGCAAGCUUUGGAAAACAUUGGGAACAACAUCAAAUGGCUGGAGCGCAACCAGGAGAUUGUGGCGACGUGGUUGAACAGCGCGACCGGUGGCAGUGCUGCAAUGAAGUCUUAGGCGCUUGUUUUAAGUUUUUCAAAGUAAUACAUUGUGAUAGAGUCAGUUAGAA